CUGCAGGCUCUUCUUGCUCAUUGUUCACAAACCUUCCCUCGCAGAUUUCCAGGAGCUUCGUCCUUGGCCCUGCCACUGCCAGCAUUGCAAGACCAGUUCGUAAGAAGCGCACUCUGUCCAUUUUCAGCUGACUACUUAAACAUCUGUGAUCAGCGGCGCAUGUUUUUCGGGGCUUUGGGCUCUCAUGGUAAGCAUGGAAGUCAAUGGCGGCGCAGCGUCGGUUGCGGUCCUCACGCCGUCUCAAGCUAGGCUCGCUGAGUAUCUCUGGAGAAAAGAGGCUGGCUCGCAGAGUCAAGCGCUCGAGUCAAUCCCGACAGCGGUCCCAAAGAGCGUCUUUAAAGCGCCAAUUGAGAUAGGAGGCUUGCCAUCACCGGGGAGUAUGCACGGGUCUCGCAUUGUGAUCCAGGCUGGCGUUGGGGCUUCCCAAUGUACUGCCUAUGUGGCCUCCGGCACUCAGCUGUACAGCGUACAGCUGCCUGGACAAAGCGGCAGCCUGAAGAGCACUCUUAGAGGGAAAGGCGGGCUCCUGUUGCCUGUUCAAGUAGAGGGAGCUACCACCACUCGACUGGACCACAUCCCUCACCGUUCAGAGGUGCAGGCACUCGCCCUUGCAGAGCCAUCAGGUUCAAGCCCCGGGCUUCUGGGGUCGAUCGACGCAUACGGACGCGUGGUCGUGGCGAAGUUGCCUUUCAACGAGGCGCAUGAAAGCGGAUACGGACAACGAGCAGCGCUUGACUCUCGGACGGAAGACGGAGCCGCUUCGACGAGCGGACGUACGAACGACGACAAUCUGGCUGCUCCUUUCACCGCCUACCCGCGGGACGCUGGAGUCGGAGAGGGGGGCUGGGCAGGGCUCGCUUUUGUCCCGGGGCAGACGUCAGCGUUUGCGACGGCGCGCUUUUGGGCCAAGCGGUUGGAUCUGUACGACCGAGACAUGCACGUGCGAUCGCUCCCCACGCUCCAGAACCCGACGGCGCUUCAAUUCCUGGGGGCCUCAGACGGGGCCGAAGCGGGACAGUCGACGCUGUUGGCCGUCGCAGAAGGACCCCAGUUGAGCAUAUGGGACCUACGGAUGGGUGAGCGAGGCGGCUGCACGCAGCGAAUCACGGUCGAGUUCGGCGGCGCGCCACUGUACGCUCUAGAUUGCACGAGUGGGUGUGGAGGGGUCGUGGGAGUCACGGGGGCCAGCCGCUGUGUUUACGUCUUUGAUACGCGACGGUGGACGUGUCGAUCGCGAUGGAGUGGCUGCCUAAAAUACGAAGUAACUGGGAUGCACUUCUCGUCCGUAGAUCCAGCGCUCGUGUACGUCAACGGUCUGGAUUACGAGGUCGUUUGCGGAACCUGGGACAAAGAUGGCAGCCGGGGCGCGGUGGGCCGGCGCUUCGCUUUUCGGGGGGACUCUCGAUGGCUUGGCGUUCACAAGGCUGCUUCGUCCGAUCUUAUUGGUGGCUGGACGGACUCUUCGAAUCUUUUUGUGGUCGAUGUUGAGAAAGGACUUCUGGACCCUGCUUUGGACGCAUCUCAAGCAAGCCUCGGCCAACAAGAUGCGUUCGACGACUGAAGGACCUGGCCAACGAACGGUUCGAGCUUUAGUCAGAUCAAAGUUUCUCAAGUUUAAUGCCGUACAUCCAUUUUUCGUUGGUCAUGAGCUGAUUCUGCAAGCCGAGACCGUUGUCGCGGUCAUCUUUGACGGUCCUCCAAUGCUAAUGCAUGCUGCGGGUGUGCCCCACGUCAUUGCUGCCGUUCCCACGUACCUACCAGUCUGCAAGGUUGCCGCCCAUAGGCUGUUGGCAAAUCAACUUAUCGGUAAACGACUCGAUCGAAAGAUGUAGAUGUAAUGAUGACGACAGGACGUGUAAAGUUGAGACCUAGUUACCUAAUAUAAGUUAUGAGUUAAUUGCAUGCAAUCCGU